AUGGGCUCAACCCAGGAAGCAGACCUCAUCCUCACGCAGCCCACCCCGGCCGAGCGCAUCCGCGUGUGGACCUCGACGCACCAGAAAUGGGGCGCCGCCCUCGAGCUCGACGAGUACCUCCGCCGCGAGGAGUACCUCACCACCGUCCCCAUGAGCCGCAACGGCGGCAUCACCCAGUGGAUCCUCACCGACCCCUCCCAGCCGCCCGACGCCCGCCCCAUCCUCUCCUCUUGCGAGAGCAUCCGCAAGCGCGCCCUCGCCGCGAAGCCCGACGGCACCGUCGUCGCCGACGCCGUCGCCCACGGCAUCGCCUCCGUCUUCACCGAGCCCUCCCACCGCGGCAAGGGCUACGCCUCCACCAUGAUGAGCAUGCUCGGCCCCCAGCUCGGCGGCUGGCAGGGCGCCCGCAUGUCCAAGGGCGAGCAGUGGGGGGACAUCAAGGACGGCGAGGUCGCCUUCUCCGUCCUCUUCUCCGACAUUGGGAAGAAGUUCUACGCCAAGCAGGGCUGGCACCCGUACGACAGCGCCCACCUGUCUUUCCCGCCGCAGGCCGCGGUCGAGGGGAGGGAGGGCAAGGCGAAGCCGGUGGGGUACCACGAGCUCGCGGAGCUGAGCCACGUCGACGAGAAGCUGCUGCGCGCGAGGCUGUCCAAGGAGUCCAAAAGGAACAAGACGCGGGUGUCGCUGCUGCCGGAUAUCGACGCGAUUUUGUGGCAUCUGAUGCGUGAGGAUUUCAUGACCAAGCACAUUUUUGGAAAGACACCGACGGUCAGGGGUGCCGUGGUCGGCGAGCGCGGGCAGAGGGUGUGGGCUGUCUGGACGAGGGGAUACUACGGCGGUUUGAAGAAGCCCGAGGGUAACACCAUGCACAUCUUGAGGUUGGUCAUUGAAGACGAGAACAGCGGCGACGAGUACGUGCAGGAGGCCAUCGAGGAGCUCUUGACUCUUGCGAGGUCGGAAGCGGCCGAGUGGAAGUCAAACAACAUUGAGCUGUGGAACCCUGACUCCAGAGUCAGAAGGUUGGUAGAGAAGGCGGGCAUUCCGCACGACUUUGUGGAGAGGGAGACUGAUAGCAUUGCGAGUUUGAUGUUUUACGGCGACGGAGACGUCGAGUGGGUACUGAACGAGAAGUUUGGUUGGUGUUAG